GUCCUGGUGAGGAGGGCGGCCGGGGCUGCUACUGGAGUGUCGAGGGCGGCUGGACACCCAACGCGGGCGGUGGGCGUGGCUUGGUGCGGGCGUGGCGGAGGGGCGUGGGCGUGUGUCUCCUGCUGGUGGCCGCCUCCUUCUCCUUCUUCCUAGCGACGUCUCCCCGGAGGGCCGGCUUCUACACUCGCGUCCUCCUCUCAUUUCACCAUGCCCCGGAGUACAUCAUGGACAUUAUCGUGCCUUCUACCAACCCCUCGCCUCCACCGCCUCCAGGAGCACGGGAGGGGCAGGGUGGAGGGGCAGCGAGCACCUCCCCGGCAGGAGGGGAGCAGCAGCAGCAGGAGGAGCAGCAGGGGUUCCUGGUUCAUACCCCUGGAUGUAUCAUACCUGACUUCGACCCCUUCCACCACACUAUUACGAGGUUUAUCUCCAACCCUAUCAUGCUCACGUGUAAGGUUCCGCCAGCGCUGACAUCAGCGGAGGGGACGACCUUGUACUACCACGAGGAGGUCCUGAGAGACAACCUCCACCACUACCUCACAGUGUACGAGGAGACGCGCCUCUCCUCCCGCACAACCACCCCCGCGCCAACCUCAUCCUCCACACCCAACAUAUCAACCUUACCAAAUCACACGAAAGACUCCGGAGCGUCGCCCACGUCCCCCUGGGGCUCACGACCGGCCCCCACCACCGGACAAAGGGAGGACUCGGACUUGUACCUGAAGAGCAACGGCAGCAGUCCAGAGUACCGGAGGUCACCGCCCCGGGCUGAGGUGCGGUGUUGUUACCGGGCUAUUUACCGGGUGGAGCAGCGGCCGCUGAUGUAUACGACAGCUGCUGACAGCCGCUGGAGGUACAGUGAAUGGUGCGAGCCUGUGGUGGGGGCAGAGACUACCGUGAAGGAAGAGGCUGUCCUCGUCUGCUGCAACAUAAGUCAAGUCGUCGUUUACAAAAAUGUUCACUAUUUCAUCCAGCGGGACAAGCCCCAACCACCUCCAGCGGGAUUAAAUUAUUCCGUUGUGGCUGACGUGGAAAGUACCAACACAAGUUACGUCUCAGAUGGUGGUGGAACACAGAGUCAGGAAGACCCGCCUCCGGAACAACUGGAGCGAGAGGACGUCGAGAAGUUGAGCGUGAUCAUCUUCGGAACGGACUCAGCCUCGCGUCUCAACAUGCGUCGGCACCUACCUAAGACGUACCGCUACCUGACGGAGGAGCUGGGUGCCGUGGACCUGGCAGGCUUCAACAAGGUCGGGGACAACACCUUCCCUAACCUGAUUCCUGUACUGAGUGGCCUGAGCACCUACGAACUGGCCAACCACUCCUGUGUUCCCAAGAGAGAGAAGUUCGAUGAUUGCCACUGGAUCUGGAAGGACUUCAAGAAAAAUGGCUACGUCACAGCGUACAUGGAGGACUCUCCGUGGAUGGGAAUGUUUAACUACCUUCACAACGGGUUUGUCACUCAGCCCACAGACUACUACGGGAGGCCGUUCUUCAUGGCCUCUGAGAAGGAGAUCGGGGGAGCCAAGCACGGCAACUCUAACGUCUGUCAAGGGCCCAAGUUCAGCAUUCAGGUCAUACAGGACUACUCCGUAGAAGUGGCGCGAACCUUCUUAGACACGCCGACCUUCGGUCUGUACUGGUCAGCAAGCCUUAGUCACGACUACAUGAACAUGCUCCGCCACGCUGACCUGCCGCACCUCAGCUACCUGCGGCGUCUGCACGACCUCGGGGCUCUCAAUCACACCGCUCUCUUCUUCGUCAGCGACCACGGCAUGAGGUGGGGCUCAAUCAGGUCCACCUACGUCGGCAUGUUGGAGGAGAGGCUGCCUUACGUCAUUAUAUACCUGCCUCCCUGGUUCAGAGUCAGGUACCGACGGGCCUUCAGGAACCUGCAGACCAACGCAAGACGGCUCACAGCCAACUAUGAUCUUUAUCAAACUCUUCGAGACCUCGCUUACGGCCGCUUCUCUGAUCUCCGCCACGUUACUACCAAACCCGGGCCAGGCGCUCGAGGAAUUAGCGUCUUCAAGGAGAUCCCUCGGGAGAGGACGUGUGAGGAUGCUGGAAUCCCUGAACACUUCUGCACAUGUCAGGAGACCAAGGAGGUCCCCCUCGACGACCCCGUCCUCCGCCUGGCUGCUGACUUCCUCAAGGAGUCCCUCAACCACGACCUCGACCCCUUCCCCGAGUGUGUCCAGUUCUCCAAGAUCAGUGUGGUAACUGGGCGUGUAUCUGGCUCGAACAAGGAGCUGGCUCCGCAGGACUCCACCAGCGAUGUCAGGAGCUACUUGCUGCAAGCUGCCCUCUCUCCUGGUGGUGUUAUGGUCGAAGCCACACUCAGAUACAACCCACAACCCCAGCUCUUCCAGGUGACCGGCGAGGUGUCCAGGAUCAACAAAUAUGGAACCACUAGCAGCUGUAUUCGCCACGACGUGCUUAGGAAGUUGUGCUUCUGUAAGGCCCAGCUCCCCACACCCGCCUCUGGCUGAAGCUCGCCUCAAACUCUUCCACACCAACUACAACAGUUAGAGAUGUCAACAACAGCUUAAGCUGGGAAUGUCAACAAAGACUUUACUUGCCAUCACAAACAAAACAAUAAAGUGCCAAAAAACUGGGUUUAAUUGCCAAACUUUAUCUAGUCUUAACAUUAUUUUGUAAUUAUAAAUAAGGGUAAAUUUUGUAUUUCCGUGAGAUUGUGUGUAUGUUUAAAAUGUCAUGUUUGCCUCAAUGUUUUUGUACAGCUGUGAGUCAGAAUUACAGUAAAACACUACAAGAAGUUGUUUGUUAAUCCCGUGAACUGUAAUUUAGCUUUAAGAGCUUGUAAUAUGUGUGUGGUGUUGUG